UUAUUGGCUACUUCUUUCUUAAAAACACACAUCAACUGAGAGAGGACAAGGCAAACCAAAAUGAGUUUGUUGUCAACUCUUGUUGCUUGUUGUGGCUCAUCAACCACACCUACACCGACACCGACGUCGUCGGUAUCUAGGACGGAUAGCUCCACUCUUAUUGUCGGUUUGGUUCGCGAAAACAGGGUUGGUGGCAGCGACACGAUGGGCAGGAGAAGCGGGCGCCAGGCGGUUCAAUGGCGACCGUCGUUAUGCACAAUCUCCGAGGAAGAUGUAAUUAAGACGGAGAUGAUACAAUUGUAUGUGAUGCCAUGUAAUAAAGGUAAGAAGAGUACAAGAAUGUCGAGGCAUAACUUUAAACCAUAUGAACACAAGAAAGAAUUUGUGCUACGAGAUUCAUGGAACAUGGUGUCACCGGUCCCAUCAUCAUUUUUAUUCUAAAUUAUAUAUUUUACGAACUCUUAUCAUUGUUGUUUAUUCCUAUUGUCAUGUACGGAUGGAUGAUUUUGGUAUUACGGUAAAUAGUGGUAUGUAUAUUUAUAAGCUUUACUUGAUCGCGAAUACAUUCGUAUUGAUAAAACCAA